AUGGUCCGGACAGUUGUCAAGGCCGCGGUGACUGUGCUCGCUGUAAAACAUCAUUCCAUUUCGAUUGAACUCGUUUCUCUGCACCCGUUGGCAGUCACUGUCCAGGAUAUCCCGGCCGCGGUGACUGUGCUCGCUGUAAAACAUCAUUCCAUUUCGAUUGAACUCGUUUCUCUGCACCCGUUGGCAGUCACUGUCCAGGAUAUCCCGGCCGCGGUGACUGUGCUCGCUGUAAAACAUCAUUCCAUUUCGAUUGAACUCGUUUCUCUGCACCCGUUGGCAGUCACUGUCCAGGAUAUCCCGGUUCCCACUGCGCCCAAGAGGGGGCCGGCCAAGGGUGCCAAGUACACAAGACGCGUGGAACAGCAGAUCAACUUCUGGUCCCAGCGAUGCCAUACCUUCUGCAUCAAGCCGACAAAGUUCCGCAAGGACGCGGAAAACGUCCUGAAGCAAAUGCGGAAGGAGCUCGACGUCAAGGGCGACUGGGCCAGCAAGCUGUCUGCAGAUGCAUUGGACCAGCUUCAAGGAGCUGCCGAGGCAGGGUGUUGUCUUGAGCCCUGUACUGCACUGUCGCGUCAAUAG